UUGUAUCUUGUGGCUCUCCUUCUCAGUCUUCACUGCGUGUUUGUGGUGGGGACUGGUGAAACUGCAAAGGCUGCAGAUGCUCUUCCUUCUGGUCAAGAAGCACGACAAGGACAAGAUGCUGAUGGUAGUGGUCCUUGUCCUCAAGGUACUACUGGCACUACGUGUAAUCAUGCCCGUGAUGAAACUCAAGGUUCUCGUAAUUGUGAGAACCCUUCUGAUGAGAAAGAUUGCCCUCCCAAUGAUCGUACGACUGAAAAGAAUUGCGGUGAAGAAUCUGGUCAUAGUUGUGCAAGUAACACACAGGACCAGACUCUAACUAGAGGACAGCCUGCUUCUCCGGCUGCUGGUUCUGGUUCUGGUUCUGGUUCUGGGGGCGGUAAUGCUGGUGGU